UGCAGGGUUUUUUUUUCUGUGCUUGUGUACGAGCGCAUGCACUUCUCGUGUAAUUACGCUCAUUUUCAAGGGUUAAUUAGUUAUUGGGGGGGGGUAAAAGAGAGAAAACUGCCUUAGCUCCUGGAUAUACGACAGACCCUGAACCCCGGAGUUCAACAGUUAUUUCAAAGUUUACGUGGACGCUACAUAACGUGUUAUUUCACACUUAAAGUAAACUAUGUCCUUUAAACAUACAUGUCUUGUUAUCCUGUAUUUCUGGGUAAAGGCUAAGAAGUCUUUAUAAAAGAGGCUCGCUCUAAUGAAGCUGCUGUGCUGAAACAGGUGUUCAGCUAAUUAAAGCAAAUGGAGAACUUCAUUCUGUAUGAGGAGCUCGGGACACGCCGCAGCUCUAUUGUCUAUAAAGGAAGAAGGAAGGGCAAUCUCAGCUAUGUUGCCAUCAAGUGCAUCGACAAAACCAAGAGACCUGAGAUUACUAACCAUGUACGUCUCAGCCAGGAUCUGGAUCAUCCAAAUAUAGUAAAAUUCUAUGAGUGGUAUGAGACAAAUAACCACCUGUGGUUGGUGGUGGAGCUCUGUACAGGGGGGUCCCUGGAGUCUGUAAUUGCUCAUGAUGGAACCCUGUCAGAAGAUGUGGUGCGAAGUUUUGGAUGGGACUUGGUCAAAGGCCUGAAACACAUCCAUGAGUCAGGAAUCAUUUUCUCUUACCUGACCCCUGCUAAGAUCCUGCUAGAUGGCAGUGGUGUUCUGAAGUUUGGUAACUUCUGUCUGUCUAAGGCAGAGAGUGAGACACGGGAGGAUUUCUGUACCUUGUUCUUUGCAUCUGAGGAGGCAGGUGAUGGAUAUCCCAAUCAGAACACUGACAACAUGAAGGAAAGAUUAAAAGGUUCUACAGCUUACAGUGCUCCGGAGGUUUUGGAGGGAUCAGAAACUAGUAUGAGUUCUGAUCUCUGGUCUCUUGGUUGUGUAUUCUACUACAUGUACACUGGUAAGCCUCCAUUCUACUCUGACAAUGACACUGAAUUGACAGAGAUGAUUUUGAAUCAGGAUCCACCACCUCUCAGACAGACAGUGGUUUCUGCAGGUCCUCCCAGUCAGGAUUUCCACAGUCUUCUGAAAGGCUUGCUCAUCAAAAACUCAGACAAGAGAAUGAACUGGCCACAGUUGCUGGGUCACCCUUUCUGGACUCAAAUAAUAAAGGAGGAAGAGGAUGCAGAAGAAAGUGAAGAGAAGAAGGAAGCUGAUGAGGAUGAAAAACGUCUGUCCAAGGGAGGUGGUUCAAAUAGUUUGAGAGACACAAAGACAUCUGACCUUUUCCAUCCGUGGCAGGCAGAGAGCCUUCUCAACAGCCACUCAGCCCUCACUCAGCCAGCUUAUGGGAUGUCUGAGAAACUAAUAUCGUCUCGUGCAACAACUGAGAGACCAUGUGACAGAAGCAUUGACUGCCAAAAAUCUGUCAAGCACACAUCCUGUGGAGCCUUAAGGAAAAGCCAGGGCUUGGAUAGUGAAGUGGGAAAGGAGAGAAGAAGAGAGGGGGAAACUGAAGAUGACCCCAAGUUAACUGGGGGUCAGCAGAUGUGCCACACACUGCAGCCCAAUGAGUCAUUCUCACUAGAUAAUGUAUCAGAGCUGAAGCCAAAGAGUGGUUUGGAUGAGGAUAGCACUGAGGCCAUUUUUUUGCUCAGCUCCUGCGUCAACUCAAGAAGGAACUCCAGUCUCUCUGACACUCCAAACCAGAAGGAUGCACCUCAGGUUACACAUACCACCAGCACCUGUGCUGACGUAACAUACUGUGUGAAGGAUCUGCUCCACACUGAAGCUGAUCUCGUUGUCACCCCAGUCAUUGAUAACCCCAAGAUUCUCAAGAACGCUCCUGUGCGAUAUGAUCCUAAAACCCUAUGUGUACCUGCAUAUUCAGUUGAGAAGCUGCAGUCUCUGAGUGAUGAAGAGUGGACCGUCUUCCUAUCACAGCUUUGUUCAUCCAUUGAAGAACCAAACGGCUCCACUUCCCUCUUCUCCUCCAGCGCACCUCCUGCCUCCACAGCCAUUCGAUCCAAGCUCAACCUGCUGUGCUACCUCUGCUGUGUGCUUGGACAUACAGUUAUUGCUAACAGGCUGAUUAACUCAAGACUGCUUCUAGUGUUGGUCCAGCAGUUGCGACAAGCUCCUAACUGGGACAUACGGAGCAAGGUUCUCAGAGUGAUGGGACUACUGGCUCUACACUGUAGUGACCUUGAAGAGGACAGUCCUGUUUCUGAGGCUGUGUCUGCACUGACAGACCUGUUAAGGGAUAAUCUGAGGAACAGUAAAAUAAAACGGCUCCUGCUGCCACCACUCGGGGAGUUCCUCUACCUCAUCUCCUCCCAGGAGAAGAAGAGAGGCUCCCCAGAGGGACUGUGGUUCGUUCCCGCUGCCGCCUACACUGGCUUAAUGAGGAGCCUGCGGGAAGGGGAUGACUCUACAGUUCAUCAUAUGGCAGCAAAAGUGAUAGAGAACAUAUCAACAGUGAUGUCUGGUCCCUCCCAUCACCUGGUUACCACAGAGAUAGGCUCCGCCCUGUGGUACCUGUUCACUCACUCCACGGUGGAGGCUGUCAGAGUCACUGCUAUCUCUUCUCUUUCUAGGCUGACCAGGGUGGUCCCAGCAAUCUUCCUGGCAGUAAUUGACACCUGUGGCCCAGCAGCCAUCUUGAAGGACAUAGAGGGAGCAGGGGCCCGGGUUCAGCAGCACCUGCUCACUGCUGUGGCCACUGCCUUGCUCAACUCACGCACCCAAAAACGCCGCAUCACACACAGCAAGGAUCUGGUGUUGAGAGUGCUACGUUGUCUAGAGAGUCCAUCUACAAUAAUAAGAGCCAAAACAUUACUACUGCUCCUUUUACUUAUACAAGACAGCACACACACUCUACUUUACUGCUGUCAAAACAGACUCGUGAUGUACCUGGAGAGAGACCUGCGCAAAGCCACUCCUCUCAGAGAGAUCCCCAGCCAGUCAGGAUACUUGUCUCAGUGUCUGGAUUUACUGAUUGCAUAUCUGAGCAGCACUGCACCAGCGAUUAUGGAUAAUGUCCUUUGUGUCCUGAGAGGUGUGACUGGGAGGAGACAUCCAACUAUAGCUCAGAGUAAACGACUUAAAGAAACUUUGCCUACUUUGUCUAUAGUGCUGGAACUUCUUUCAUCCCAGGUCUUUAGAUCUCAGAUUGUAACAGGAGAGUUUCUGACUCAAAUUGGAUUGCUGCUGGACAUCAUUGUCUCUGUAGAGUCCAAUGAAACAAAUCUGGCCAGUGCUGUUGAUACAGCUCUGUCCAUUGUGGAAGUACUGAGCCAGCACGAUGCACUCAUCAGACCCUAUCAUGAUGUUGUUGUGGAUGUCAUAAUGUCUCCUCUGACAGUACUGGCUUUCAGCAAAAAUGUCGAGUGGUCUGUAUUUGUUUUGAGGGUGUUGUCUGACUUGAGUGUGGUCCUGCUGGUCCAAGUUGGUGAUAUUGAGGAAAAAGAGGAAAGGACAGAAGAAGAGAAAGAGAGACAUGAAAAAGGAGGAAGGGCAGAAGAGGAAAUAAGGGGUGGAAGCUCGUGUAUCUUAUCUCUCAUCACUGAAUCUCUGCUUUUAAGGUACGAGACUCUUCUACGAGCACCAGAGCCUAUCCCCCUCCACGCACUCAGACUGCUGGUAUCAAUGACUGAACACAACAGUGGAAUCUGCAGGUGGAUCAAACAUAGCAGGAUCCUGCCAAUGGUCUUUCAACUAAUUAGGGCCAGCAGAAGUAAUGUUACCAAUGGGAUAGUCCAAAAUGCAGUUGUUUUGCUCUGCAAUCUUAGUGGAGGCGCAAUCCAGGAUCAGCAACCACUGUAUCAGCAAGGGCUUAUAGAGAUGUUGGUGAGUAGCCUCUCAGAAGCUGCACUUGCUCAUCUAGAUGGAGAAGGUCAUACUGACAGGAAGGUCAGCCACCUUGUGUUACAAGCUCUGUUGGAACUGCUUCACAACAUCCUCAAGCAAACAUCAGUUGUUGUCCGCUCUGCUCUGCAGAGCCAGAGGCUAUCUUGUCCAGCAGCAGAGACGGAGGCAGCAGAGAAGCUGCUUCUAGCCAACAGACCCCUGAGCCAACUCAGCACACACCUCAUUCACAUGCUGUCUACUGAGAACCAGGAGAUCUGGGAGGAGUCUGUUCACUGUCUGUCAUUGCUGGUCCAGAUGUACUGUGGAGAGAUUCAUGACUGCCUGUCACCUUCCUGCUUACAAAGCCUCUCACACAUGCUGCGCACUCACAUGCACAGCGAGACCCCCCGAAUACAACGCACAGCACUUAGGAUGAUUAAACGACUUGUUCAAACUACUGACAGGUCCAAUUGGUAUGAAUGUCCUGAAGGGGCGGAGCUAAUUAGUCUGCUGCACGAUAUGACUACAUCCAACAGGUAUCAUGUUGAUGUGAUUGGCCUGGCUGCUGAAAUCCUUGGAGUGAUCUCUGGAUCCUAAAAACCUUCAAUCCUCAGCCAGCGGAGCACAGCUCAAGAUUUGAAACUUUUGAACUGCUUUAUAUAUUUUACUCUAUGAACAUUUCAACAGCUGUUAAGGGCUCGUAAAAGCUUUGAGCCAUUAGUGAAGUCUGAGCGUGUGCUAUCAGUGUUCACUCAUCCCUCCAUGUGACAGUAAUAAACAUCGCUGUGUCGCUAAAAUAACUUGACAGGGCAAUCAAAACAUCCGUCCAGUGCUCCUCCAGCAUUACAGGAUUACAGCGUCAGCAUUAAUUCAGAGCGUCAUAGGCAUCAAAACACUGACCUCUGUGUAGACACUUCCUGUCAUCAGAAAUGACAGAAUAUUAGUUCAUUAGAUCACGCCUGUCGUCACGUGAGUCACAUAUUUCUGCUUUGUAAAUGUAGCUAUUAGCUUAAUGCUAUUACAAGCUUUUUGGGUAUUACAGCACUAAAAGGAAAUUGAGACUAGUGCCAUUAAAAAAACAAAACACUUUAAUACCAAGGUUAUACACAAAUCACCCAUCAGUUUUUAUGCAAGUUAGGUCAUAAUUUUGCUGUUCUGAUUUAUUCCUGAUCUCUGCCUACUGUUACAUUCCCAGUUGUGACUGUUUGAAUAAUUAAAUUAAUUACAGAGGGGUGUUUGCAUUUAAAAUGAAAGACUUGUACAUUGUAAAAAGCUGGAUGAAGUCAGGUUAAAUAGGUGAGGUAGAGGUCAUGUUAGAUUAUGCUUAGUCACGGGAAAUGCUCAACUACCUCACCUGCCCUCCAGGCACAAACACCCUGGACAUUCACACAUGGACACCACCAGCAGGUUUUUAGCUCACAGCACAUUAAAUUUUCUGCAACUGUCUCAUCGCCCUAAAACUACACUGUACAUUUUGACAGUGCCUGAACAUGCUUCAGGUGGACUGCUGGCACAUCAGUUUCUCCUCACCAUACUAUCAGUAGAUGUGUAAAACCGAUGUAUACCUGUGCAGUGGUCAUCUGUGGUAUUAAUGGCUCUUCAUGUACAGCAGGAUCUGUGGGCCACAGUACUAGACCUUCGCACUGAUGUUGCAAUUCUGCCUUAUAAGAAAUCUAAAACAGUUUAAUGGAGGUUAAUCGUGCUGGUUCAAAUACUGAGAUACAGGACUCAUUUAACUUAGUAUAAACAGGAAACGUCUACUGUACCACAUGGUCACUGAAAGGAUUGAAAGUGUUGUCUUAAGUGUGC